CCAGUCUCCCUUUUGCUUUUGGAAACAUGGCCUCUGGUGUGGCUGUCUCUGAUGGUGUCAUCAAGGUGUUCAAUGACAUGAAAGUGCGCAAGUCUUCGAUACCAGAAGAAGUGAAGAAACGCAAUAAGGCAGUGCUAGUCUGCCUGAGUGAGGACAAGAAGAACAUCAUCCUGGAGGAGUGCAAGGAGAUCCUGGUAGGAGAUGUGGGGCAGACUGUGGACGAUGCCUAUAUCACCUUUGUCAAGAUGCUGCCAGACAAGGACUGCUGCUACGCUCUCUACUAUGUCACCUACGAGACCAAGAAGGAGGACCUGGUGUUCAUCUUCUGGGCCCCUGAGAGUGCACCCCUUAAGAGCAAAAUGAUCUAUGCCAGCUCCAAGGAUGCCAUCAAGAAGAAGCUGACAGUAAUCAAGCAUGAAUUACAAGCAAACUGCUACAAGGUGGUCAAGGACCGCUGCACCCUGGCAGAGAAACUAGGUGGCAGUGCCGUCACUCCCUGGAGGGCAAGCCUUUGUGAGCUGCCUCCAGCCCCCUGCCUGGAGCAUCUAGCAGCCCCAGACCUGCUCAUGGGUGUUGCAGGCUGCCUCUUUCCUGCCAGACCUGAAGGACUGGGGGGAAUGCCAGCAGGGGGAUGGUAAUCCCUUCACCCCAGUUGCCAAAUGUCCCCCACCCCCUGGACCAUCCUUCUCCCUCCACCCUGACGGUUCUGGCCUUCCCAAACUGCUUUUGGUCUUCUGAUUCCUCUUGGGUUGAAGCAGACCAAGUCCCUUCCCAGGCACCCAGUUUGGGAGGAUCCUGACUUAUAUUUUUAACUACACCCCUAUUCCUCAUCCCCCCAUCCCAUGCUUCCAACUUCUAACCACAAUAAUGACUCUGUGCUUGUCUGUUUAGUUCUGUGUGUAAAUGAAAUGUGGAA